AUGAUGGUUAAGAUUCGUAUUGCAGUCCAGGGUUGUUGUCAUGGUGAAUUAAGACAAGUCUUCGAUAAAGUACGACAAUUGAAUGGAUCAUCACCGAUCGAUUUGUUGAUUAUACUUGGAGAUUUUCAAAGUAUAAGAGAUGAAGAUGAUUUCCAAUCUAUAAGUAUACCACCAAAAUACAGAAAAUACGGUGAUUUCAACAACUACUAUCACGACGAUUCUUUGAAGCCACCAGUCAUGACACUUUUUAUCGGUGGGAACCACGAAUCUAUGAGACAUUUGAUGCUCUUGCCUCAUGGCGGAUAUGUAGCUAAUAACAUCUACUACAUGGGAUAUUCUAAUGUCAUAUGGUAUCGUGGCGUUAGGAUUGGUGGAAUAAGUGGUAUUUGGAAGAAAUGGGAUUUCUAUAAGAAAAGGCCAAAUUGGAAUUAUUUAGAAGAAAACUGUCGCUGGAACGAUAAGGUUCGUGAAUUGUAUCACACUAGAGAAUCGGAUAUUCUACCUUUAUUUAUGAUGUGCAAUUCCAUCAAUAAAUUCGAUAUUAUGCUAAGUCACGAUUGGCCUAAUGGUGCCGUUUACGAGGGAAAUGUGCAAGAUAUCUUAAAGAAGAAACCUUUUUUCAGCCGUGAUAUUGAAUCGAGACAGUUGGGGAGUCCAAGGAGUUGGGAGUUACUACGACAAUUGAAACCAAGGUGGUGGUUAAGUGCCCACUUACAUGUUAAAUUUGAGGCUGAAAUCAAACAUAUAAGCAAGCGGCCAAUCAAGAAAAAUGAUGAUGAACUCGAAUUACAACUAUCUAGCGAUGAAGAUGAAAAGGAUGAUAGAAAGGAAAAGGGUGAUGGAGAUGUGCUUCAAAGUGAACAAACUACAAAUUUUUUAGCAUUGGACAAGUGUCUACCAAGGAGGAAAUGGCUGGAAAUAAUUGAAGUGGAAUCAGAUGAAAGUCACAAAUCUUAUCAAGACCAGGAUUCCUUCUUUUAUGACCCGCACUUCAUAGCAUGUUUACAAUUGUUGCGCAAGAAUCAACCUAUAUCUUUGAAUAAUAUGCAGUAUGGUAAAAUUCCAACAGAUGUAGACUGGCAACAUUACAUUGUACCACGAUAUGUCAAUGGUCUACAAAGACAAGAAAGACUGCAAACAAAUGAAUUUGAAAAAAAAUUUUUUUUGUGA